AUGACUGAACUGCUGAAAUGCUCGAAGCAGGCACCACUCUUGGUUGCUGUGAAUUUCAACGAGCAAGAUUUGGCUAAGAGGCAGGCAUUUGAACUGGAUAUGCUACAUGACCUGAUGAGUGUUAUCGACAAUGUGAUGCCGCUGCUCCAUUUGCUUUAA